AUGGACGGCAUCAGAGGCGGCUCCCCGACAAAGAAUUCGGGCGGCAACGAGUCACCCGAACAGCUGCUUGACGUUUUCCGUGCUGCUGCUCUGUCGGUGACAAAGCUUUACAAGACCUCGGCCGCUGCGCAAACAAAGGCUCGCAAUGACGGGUACCAAGACUGUCUAGAGGACCUCCUUAUCUUCCUGGACAAGCGAAACAUAGGCGUUGGCGACGGCGAGGGCUGGCAGAUUCGCCGAUGGGCCACUGAGAGAUUCGACCGCGAAGGCAUCUCACAGUCGAUCGAGAGCGAGGAUGAGGUGGACAAGAACGAGCCAGCCUCGUCGCCAGAACUGCACAGAGACAGCCACACACCACUCCCAUCAACACAACAUGACGCCGAGAUACGGAGAGACUCUGCACCUCCCGCAGCAGCUCCCGUCCCAACAUUUACGCUAGCACCUGUUCCAUCCCAGCCAGCAGACGUCACUUCAGCGCCGGCGCCGCUAGAAUCCAUCACCGUACCGACACAGGACAACUUUACCUUCCAGUCAUCAGUAGCCUACCCCCAAGAUACCGACCUGAGCAUGGCAAACCUUGACUUGUCAGAUUCUAGAACCAACAAUACCAACAACUCUUCUCUUCACCACGGUUCGGCCCGCCUCUCGCGGGCACGGAACAACAAAAACGGCCUGCAGAGAUCUAGAAACGUAGGUGCCAUAGGAAAAGGUGCUGGUUCGAAACGGAAACUCAACAUUGCCGAAAUCUUUGACGUUGGAAGCAUAGGAGGAAAGGACAUAUUUGGUGGUGGCAACGGUGGGGGGAAACGAAGCCGGCACAAUUAA